UUUAAAACUGAACCCUUGGAUAAUGGAUAUUUCACAAAAGAUUCCUGUCACAUUCCGUGUGAAUGUUUUCGUUACUCGACGAAAAUACCCCUCAAUCCUCCUCUCUUCUGUUUUCCUCUUCCGUUCCCAUCACCACCUCAUUGUCUCCAUCGCCACCAGCAAUAACAUCACGCCCACCCCUAUUAUCAUCACCAGCAACACCAACAACUACCACCGAUUUCUUGUUCAAGUUUCCCAAUUUCAAUUUCUCCAGUGUUUUGAUUUUAACAUCACUUCUCCAAUUUCCUCUUUUAGUUUCUGUCACCACCAACAUUCUCCUCGGCCGCCACCACCACUGCCAUCACCACCAGCAACAUCUAAUUCAUACAUUUCAAUUUCGAUAAAUACCACCCUUCUCCUCGCCACUUUCAGUUUCGUAGAGAAAACAAAUUAGUUUAAUCAUUGGCAUCACCAUCACCAUCAGCACCACCACCAUCAAUUUAUACACAAAUCUGUUGAAACAGGUUGCAAACAAGCCUCUGACAUGGUGUUUGUAGAUGACAAUUCCAGUACAAUUGUUGCACCUGGUGAAGCCAGAUAAAUAACAAACAAACGAAAACAAUUUGUACUCUUUUUUCCUAUGAGAAUUUCAAUUCAGUUAUAGUUUUCAUAGUUUCGCGAAAAUUUAAAAUAAUAUUGUAUGAAAAAUUAGCUUUUACGGACGCAUUUAGUGUUUUGGUAGAUGCAGAUGCCACUCAACACAGAAGAGCCACGCACGUGUUGUUUGCCGACGUGCAACGCACGUGCACUCAACUUGUAUAGGUAAAUAAAAUACCCACAUUUGAAUGUGAAACAAAAGAAGCCAACAAGGUGGUGCAAUAUGGUUGUCCAGUCUACUUGUGGUAUUUGAAUAACAGGUUUGUUAAGCCUUAUGGUGUUGCCCAGCCCUGUUACCUACUUUUGCCUCUUUACAGGGCUCCUAUCUUAAUCAAAAACAUUUUAAGGAGAAAGGUAAGAAAUAACUAGUGAGCAUUACUUGUCAUAGAAAAUGGCAUUUUCAAUGUUUUCUUCUGCGGCAGUCACCUCCGUAAGCAGCUCCACUCCCACUCAAGCUAGCAUGGUUGCACCUUUCAGCGGUUUGAAAUCCGUUUCUGCAUUCCCCGUUACCCACAAAUCAGCCGACAUCACCUCCGUCUCCAGAAACGGCGGAAGAGUUAACUGCAUACAGGAAGUGUCUGAUGCUUCACUUGAUGGCUCUAAACGUUUGUGUUCCAGGGUUGGCCCUGUCAGUGAUUUUGGUUCUAAUCUUGGCAAUUUCUGGCCUAAAGCUAAAUCUAAAGCUAAGUCCAGAAAGAAAUCUAAAGACAGUGAUGAUGAUGAUGAUUUUGAUAAUAUACUAAGGUCGUAUGCAACCGAUGCCAUGACUUUCUAUAACAAAGGAAAAGAUACAAAAUAUGAGCUGCUGGAGUGUGGUUGCAUUACAUCUGCGGCAGUUCGGCCAUACUUUCUUCACCAUAUCAACUUCACGGCUAAGAAGGAUGGUGUCGCUGAUGCUCCAGAGGAGAUGUUUUUUGCUGAACUGAAAACUAUCGACGAGGUUUGUUUUGUCGAGCUUUGCAUAUCCUUGGGGCCAAAAAGCUUAAUUUCAAGAGAGAGAAUCAAUGGCUGCUCUUAUUGCAACAUGUAUGGCAAUGUAAAGCAUCCUGAGGGCGGAUUCACGGCCGGAAAAUUCAUGACUUUUUCAGAAUGGAAGAAAAACCGUGAUUCCUUGGCUUGUUCACAGGAACUUUUUAUGAACAUAACAAUGUCAGUUGUGCGAAUUCAAACUUAACUUAGAGCUGGACUCUGUUUGACGCAUGCGUAGUUGCCUUUUGAUAUUUGUACCUCGGAAUGGAUACUGGUUUUGUAUUCGGGCAUAUUUAAAAGUAUCUAAGCAACUUAAGGAUGGCAUUAUAUGGUUUUGACUUA